AUGGAGGAAGCUGUCUUGUCACUGGAUUGUCUUAGGUUGGCUGAGAAAGCCAUUGCAUAUGAGUCUCAAGUGGGGGAUGAGUUGGAUACAGAUAUUGAAGAUGAUGAGCACACAAGCACUAAGAAAGACAUGUCCACAGCUGAGGUGUACCUACAGGCGUGUAAAUUGGUGGGAGUUGUUCCUGUCAGCUACUAUGUGAGAAACCUCGGCUGUGCCACCAUCAACCUCAACCACCACGGCCUCGGCCCUUUAGGGGGAAAAGCUCUGGCCAUCGCUCUUGUGACUGACACACACACAACAUCGCUAGAACUGGCUGACAAUUUUCUGCUGGCUGAGGGAGCACGAUAUCUCAUGCAGAUGCUAAAGGCCAAUUUCACUAUUCAAAAUUUGGAUCUCUCUGACAAUCACCUCCAAUCUGAAGGAGCCGAAUAUAUCUCAAAGACGCUGCUGGAUAAUGUGACCAUCAAAACAAUCAAACUUUCUGGAAAUGAAUUCUCUGAAGAUGAUGCCAAAUGGUUUGCAGAAGCCUUUACUACCAACUACAGAGUAAAAGUGUUAGACCUGAGUCACAAUAAGUUCUGUGGAAGAGCGGGUGAAUACCUUGGCCAAAUGCUAGCUAAUAAUGAGGGUGUGGAGGUCCUUAACCUGAGCUGGAAUCAUCUCCGAAUGAAGGGUGCUGUGGCUUUCUGCGCCGGACUUAAAGUCAACGUGACUCUGAAACACUUAGACCUCUCCUGGAAUGGAUUUGGCAAUGAAGGAGCGCUGGCAUUGGGUGAAGCUCUUAAAUUUAACAACACUUUAGUGUACCUGGACCUCAGUAAUAACCACAUCAGUGAUGAAGGAGUAGGGAUGCUUUGUAGAGGCCUUGAGGCAAAUGACACACUCAGAACACUUAAGCUGGCUUAUAAUCCUCUGACAGUAGAGGGUGCCUUGUCAUUGAUCAGUGUCAUAAAGAACUCUGUGAAAACCGUCCUCGAGGAGAUCAACAUAUGUAACGUGCUGGUGAAUGAAAUCUUUGUACAGCUGCUGGAGCUGAUAUGUGAAGAACACCCUGCUUUAGAGGUGCACUAUGGUGGGGUUGGAGGAUUUAUCACCAAAAAGCCUCCGAAGAGGCGUGACCCAAUGAAGGUCAUUCAGGAUUAUCUUGAUCAGCGUAAGCUGCGGCUGUGGGAUUUCUUCCGCAACAUUGACAAAGAUGGGACGAUGCAUGUUCCUGUCUCAGAAUUCAGAAAGGCCGUCCAGCACUCUAACAUCCCACUGGAUCGCUUCCAGCUUGAGCAGCUCAUCCAAAAACUAGACCGAGAAGGAACUGGCAUAGUCGACUAUAGAGGCUUGGCUGACACAAGAAAGCAGAUGAUGCGGGACCACCGGCGACAACUGCGCAAGGUAGAGUCCCGCCAGAAGAAAGAGAAGCAGAAGAGCGAUCGCAUCCUGAAGACCUUUCAGUCAGCAGUUGAGGCAGUUACUCCACGAACCUCCAUAGUCAUGUCACCAGGAGAAAUUAAAGAGGGCUCCAGCGGUCCUCAACGCUUUUCAGCGACCCCCCUUAGUUCAUGGCACCACAUCGUCAUUUCCAGCAGCAGUCAUCAUCUUGUCAGCAACACGAGCAGCGACCGUGUGCAACUUCCUAUGAUAGGGAAUGCUGCAUCCUGCAGGCCUCGGAGUUCCCCAGGCAUACGCUCUUACUCCCAGCCUAAUCUAAUUUACAAUCCCAGCUCUCUGCCUUCCCUAACCAAACCUGCAUCAGCCCAGGGCAUGAACUCAAUCUCCAAAUCAGCUGAAACAUCCAGCAAGCCUAGUCCUACUGACAACAACCUGACCAGAUCAAGACCUGCGUUAAACACUGAGCAACCCGUUGUAAAGGUUUCCAAUGGGAAGAAGAAGAAAAGCAAAACAAAGAAGACACUUAAAUGA